AAUUCCCUGAACUCGCAACUCUCGUAUGUACACAACGGACUAGCGAGCUUGCGAGAGACAUGUGUAUUGAGUUGCACAGGACUGUCUAGCGCACUGACAGCAGAGUUUUGGGUUUACAUGGACUUUUAACAAGAGGGAAUACUUUAGCUGGUUGGACACAGAAUGAAGAAAGAUGUCGGAUUGAGCUCGUGUGCAGCACACUGAUUUUGCUGCUAGAGGUUUCUGAAAGUCACUAGACUCAGGCAGGGGAGGAGACGCAGAUGUUUGGUGAUAGGGGAAAGCACGAACACCGAAGUCUACACUCUGAUUGAGAUCCAGAUCCAUUGAACUCCAUAAUAGCACGCAAGAAUUUCAAGGAUUUUUUACCCACGGACAUUUCAGGAGAACCAUGUCGCAAUCAAGUGCUGUCUGUCCGAGGGGAGCACAGGGCAGCGUAACAGAUCUUGUUUGACAGAGUGAAGUAUCUGUCCAACAAGAGACUUCACAUACACUGAGAUUAUUAUAUUCCGGAGCUAGAGAACGAUGAAGGGACUGUGAGCCUGAUAGUUUCUGGAGGAAGAUUGGACGCCCACAGAUCCGCAGAUCCGCAGGUGCAGCUUGCAAGUUAUCGUUUCCACUUGCUCUUAUAAGCUGUGAAAAUGCAAGGGAUCGAAAAUGGGCCUCGAAUAACAGAGCAGUAGAACUAGGAAGUUCCAAGAUGUAGAACAGAUGAUAAGGAUCAGUGUCCACUAUUCAACAUCCUUUCCUGGCUGGGGCAGCAGAGGCGUCAGAAAUGCGCUCCAGGUAGAACAUUCGAUGCUGGAUUGACAAACGUACAGGAGAUGCCUUUUCGCCGAAACCAAAACGUUGAUGUAGAUCGUCAAUGAAAUCGGAAGUGGACCUCAAGGGUAUAUAAUUUUUGCUAUACCUGCCUCUUGAAAGUUUUUGCCCCUAUGCAAAGAAGUCACCAUGGAGGCCAGGCAACGAGGCCAUUGGAUGUUCGACAGAUGGUCUUGUCUGGCAGCGGCAAUGAUUAUGGAGGCAUGCGGAGGGCUAGGCUAUACUUUUGCCGUUUACAGUCAGCACAUAAAAGAGACGUUGGAUUAUGAUCAAGAAGAUCUCGAUAAAUUGGGAGCUGCAAAAGAUUUUGGCUAUUGUCUAGGAAUAAUUGGUGGAAUUAUAUACAAUUUAAUUCCUCCGUGGAUGACGAUUGGAAUCGGGGCCACUUUGCAUUUUUUCGGCUAUUCCAUGCUGUGGAUGACGACAUCAGGGCAAAUCGAACCACCGGGUUGGAUGCUGUGUGGAUUUAUUGCCAUUGGUGUUGGAGGCGACAGCUGGAUAGAUGCAGCUGCCAUCAUGACCAGUUUGCAGAACUUUGACAAAUUUCGCGGCACAGCCAUGGGAGUGUUGAAAGCACAGGUUGGACUUUGUGGAGCGAUCUUUGUUACGCUGUAUAAGGCGUUUUUGAAACCCGAUGUCGAUGCAUAUAUUUUGUUGGUGGCCACUGCACCAGCGGUAACAAGCGUUCUCCUGGCUGUCUUUAUUUGGCCACAUCCCUGUGACGACGAGGUAGAUGCAAAGGACAAAAGCAUCAAUAAACGCUUUCAUCUAACUUACGCUGCUACAAUUACCCUGGGGUUAUAUCUUCUCUGUUCAGUUCUAUUACAAGCACACCACGAUGUUGACAGGUCAUUGCUGGUUUUCUUUGCUGUGACAAUGCUUAUCAAUCUUUUCGUCAUCUCGGGAAUCCUGGUGGUUUUCAGACCUCUGUGUAGGUUGAACGAUUGGUGGACCGGAGGUAGAUCCCAAUAUAUUCUCCCAGAGGAGAUGGUCGCCCUUCCUAAGUUCAAAAGGAAGACUUCCGAGUUGGACACGCUGGACAGUAAUGGGGAUGAUGAUCACCAACCUCUCAGACAAAGAGAACAAAACAGUGAAGACAAAUUUGAGGACUCCAGUGACAACAAGGUCUAUGUCACAUCCAAUGCCCUUGUGCAUAAGAAAGGCUACGAUGCCCUGGCCGAACAAGACAUCAAUACUUCGAAGGACGUGAACUGUGUCCAAGCCCUCGAACAAGAUGAGGACCUGUCAGGAGAGAUAGAAAGAUACACCUUGUGGGACACAGUCCAACAACUCAACUUUUGGUUGCUUUCCUUCGUCACAAUGUUUGGAGCCGGAAGUGGUCUCGCUGUCAUCAACAACUUCGCCCAGAUUAGCAAGGCUCUGGGCUCAGACAGCGUCGAGUUAUUUGUAGGGCUGAUUAGCAUCGCCAGCUGCUUCGGCCGUCUCAUUGCUGGGUACGGGUCCGAUGUGAUGCUAAGAAAGACGGGAUACCCAAGACCUCUUUGUCUGUCAAUAGCACACUCCAUCAUGACCGUGGGCUGUCUGACUCUCGCUGCGGGAACUGUUCCCAUGCUCUACAUCGGAGCAGCUCUGGUCGGCGGUUCGUAUGGAGCUUUCUGGUCUCUCACCCCGGCCAUCAUUUCGGAAGUUUUCGGCCUCCACAAUUUUGCAGCCCUGUACAAGCUGAUAGGGGCCUGCGGUCCGGUGGGAGCUUAUGUGCUGUCAGCCAAAGUGGUCGGAUAUUUGUACGAUGAAGAAGCAGAGUACUACCAAAGCCUCAACCCUGCCAAGACUCGGGGUCACCACGACGACGAACACGACGAUGAGGGCGGGUCCGGAGACGAGAAUAUAUGCCAGGGAAAGCGAUGCUUCGGCAUCUCCAUGUCCGUGUUAGCCUGCGUGUGCGUGGUAGGUGCAUGUUUGGGAGCCUGUCUGGCGAAACGAACCAUGAAGCUCUAUGCGCGAACGAAGAAGGUGACCACGCCCUCGGCGUGAUUGAUUCUUUGGGCCCCUCGCCUCAUUAGAGAUCACUUCCAGACGAGGGAUAGUGUACGAUAACUCGAUGAAUUGCCUGUGUACAUACGUAAGAUCGACGAGUCCGACAGAAGUCGAGAUGCCCCAAACACUCAGACGGAACUCUGCGAACUCUGGGAUACGAAAUCGGCGAAUCUCUUGAGGUACAAGGUGCUGUGUACCUUGACAAUGCGACAUAAUUUUCCAUGGGAAUUCCACCUGGACCAGUAGUUAAAAUCUGGGCCUUCACUUCUUCACUCCCGCGUAAUCCACUUGUCUGAUGGGUUCCUCGAUUUGAGCACACGUCGGCACGGACUAUCAAGAGCGCACGAGCAAUUUUGAAGACACUCAGCACGAAACAAUCUUGUCACUCUCAUCGUCAGAAUCCGACUCAGCAGUCUGACUGGCGCCGUGACAUCGUACCUGAGUUUCCCGUUGUUUCUCGGGGGUAGUAAUCAGGCAAGGCAAGUCAAACGUCGUCGCAAAUGUAAAAGAGAAUCCGAAGAAAAUGCGGAGGCGUGGGCUUCGUGUGAAAGAGAGGAAGAGAGAGAGAGAGAGAGAGAGAGAGGAUGUGAAUUGAGAAAAUGCAAAUUUCACGGUAAAUCUCUCGAAAUGUGUGACACUAGAGCUUCGAAUUCACCGCCUCAAGUUCCCGUUCUGAUCA